AUGCUGCAGUACGGUCUCUGGAUGGCCCUGGCCCCUCUGCUAGCCACCCUCACUGCAGGGACAGCCGCCCUCUCUCCCCACAGCGGGGCCCCGUGCCACCUCCUGGGCCUCAUCGUCGCCUGCCCACCAGGAUGGCCCUCUGCAGCUAGGAGCUGCCAACAGUGCCCUGCAGGCUUUUACUGCCUGGGGGACAGGAUCACUCCAUGGCUGUGUCCCACCAGAACCCGUGGUGGGCUCCCAGGACUCCCAGAAAGCAAGGACUGCCAGCCCAGGAUGAAGCCCAAACCCUGUCAGGACCCACCCAUGAGAUGUCCCCUCACAGACGGAGAUUUACCCUGUCUGCACGGUGCUGCUGAGCCAUACCUGGCCAGGAGCUUCAAGACCAGGAGGGAGACGCCUCAUUCCAACACCAGUUUCCACUCAACAGUCCUCAGCCAGUGUCUGCAGUGCCCAGCAGGACACUUCUGUCCCAGCGACGCCACACAGCCCAUCCCAUGCCAGCCGGGCACAUUCGGCCCCAUCCCAGGCCAGGACAAAGCCACAGCCUGCACUCCGUGCCCCGCAGGCAGGGCCUGUACGCAGGCUGGGCUGACUCAGCCAGACGCAAAGUGCACACCAGGGUAUGUGUGCCCUUUGGGCUCCUCGAGCCCCCACACUCCCACACACGCCUGCCCAGCUGGGACCUUCAGCAACCGCAGUGACCUCUCUGACCUGUCCCAGUGUGAGAUCUGCCCCUCGGGACUGGCCUGCCCUAGGGGAACCGGGGGUCCAGGCCGGCCCCCCACCCUAUGCCCAGCUGGCCAUUAUUGCCCUUGGGGCACCAAACAUCCAACACAGUUCCAGUGUCCCCCGGGUACCUGGAGUAACCGGACCGGACUGACGGCGAGUGAAGAGUGUGCGCCCUGUCCCGGGGGCUGGUUCUGUGUCGGGGGAGCCCAGGUGCCCUCGGGGACAUGCAGAGCUGGACACUACUGCCCAGAAGGUACCAAGUGGGGCACCCAGCUCCCCUGCCCAGAGGGCACCUACAGCUCCCAGUCAGGCAACAGCCAGGUGGAGGACUGUCUGCCCUGCCCACCAGGGGCCUUCUGCCCCAGAGGGGCCCCCAAACCUGUGCUCUGCCCAAGGGGAACCACCCGCCUGAGUCCUGGUGCGAGGCUGGCUGUGGCCUGUGUGCUGUGCCCAGCUGGCCACCACUGCCCUGAGCUGGGCACCGCCACUCCUCGGCCAUGCAGCAUGGGCAGUUUCUCGGGUCCAGGUCAUCUCUGGUGCCAGGAUUGCCCAGGAGGAAAACUCUGCAACCAGACAAAGCUGGCCAGCCCUGCCGCAUGUCCACCCGGGCACUAUUGCCCAGCCCACGGCUUGCUGUCCAUCCCCUGUCCCCAGGGCACCUUCCGAGAGGCCCCUGGGGCUGCCCAUGUGGAGGACUGCCAGCCAUGCCGCCCUGGGGCCUUCUGUGGCAGAGCUGGCUUGGUCGAGCCCCAGGGUCUGUGCCGUCCAGGACAUCACUGUGGGCCUGGUUCCAACACCUCUGCCCCGGAGGGACUCCCCUUCGGUGACCUCUGCCCCCCUGGCCAUUUUUGCCCAGCUGGCACCGAGAACCCCAGACAGAGGCCCUGCCCUGUGGGAACCUGGAACGCAGAGAGAGGGGCACCGGAUGUAAGCUGGUGCCUGCCCUGCCCACCUGGGCUCUUCUGUGCUGAAGCGGGGCAGGCUGCCCCCAGGGGCCCAUGUGCAUCAGGAUUUUACUGUCCAGGAGGGGCACAGACCCCAAGACCUCUUAGUAGGCCUUGGGGAAACCUCGGCAUGGAGGACCACGUCUGCCCUGAAGGCUCGCUGGUGACCAUGCCCUGGAUGGACGGGCAGCACAGCAAUGGCUCAGACCAAGAGAGCCACCAAGAGAGGAUCUGUCCACCUGGUCAUUACUGCCCCCAGGGCAUUCACUGCCUACCCCUGGCCUGCCCUCCAGGCAUGUCCAGUUCAGGGCAGGGACAGAGCCAGCCUCAAGGCUGCUGGCAAUAUCCUGCAGGAGCUGAAGCUGUUGGAGGUGCCUGUGCCACAGCAGGGGGCCCCUGCCCUCCAGGCUACUUCUGUCCAGUGGGAACGGGGGUGCCCCUUCCCUGCCCUAAGGGCACCUACUCAGAUCGGAUGCUUCUUUCCGUGGCCUCCGAGUGCUCGUCCUGCCCCUCUGGCCAUUUCUGCGGUGCGUCUGGCCUCACUGCCCCCUCGGGACCCUGCUCCCCAGGCUACUUCUGUCUGGCAGGAGUUACCUCCCCAAACCCAACAGGCCACUCGGAGCAGGGGGGUCCCUGUCCCCAAGGCCAUUUCUGCCCCCAGGGGACCAGCCUCCCCCAGCCUUGCCCUGCCGGCUCCUACAACAACCUGACAGGCCAAGCCUCCUGCUUCCCCUGCCCUGCCGGCUACUACUGCCCUGAGACCCUCACGACCUAUAGUGGGCACCCCUGUCCGGCUGGCUUCUACUGCCCCUGGGGCACCAAGUAUGCCACCCAGUUCCCCUGCCCUCGGGGCUACUAUAACCCAGACCCACUGACCCAGAGCCUGGACAGCUGCCUACCCUGCCCUCCUGGCCACUACUGUGGACAGGAGAAUCUGACGCAGGUCUCCGGGCCCUGCGAGGCAGGCUGGUUCUGUGUGUCGGCAGCAUGGACGGCCCGCCCCUUCGACCUGGACAACUACACCAGCACCAACUGCCUGUGCCCAGCCACGGCCACGGGGGGCAGGUGCCCAGCCGGCUCCUUCUGCCCUGAGGGCAGCCCUGAGCCCAUGCCCUGCCCCCCAGGGUCUUUCUGUGCCACCUCUGGCCUCUCCAUGCCCAGUGGACCCUGCCAGGCCGGCUACUUCUGUGCAGGAGGAGCAGCAUCCCCAGCCCCAGAGGAUGGGCUGACGGGGGCCCCUUGCCCCGCAGGAACCUUCUGCCCUGAGGCAUCACCCAGGCCCACGCCAUGUCCUGCCGGCACCUUCUCCAGCCUCCCGGAGCAGACCACAUCCUCUGCAUGCCAGGCCUGCCCACCUGGCUUCUAUUGCAAGGAGGCCGGACUCCAGGCCCCCAGUGGGCAGUGCCCAGCAGGUUACUACUGCGACUCCAGUGCUGGGCCUGUUCAGGACUUCAGCCUGCACCCUUGUCCUGAAGGCUAUUACUGCCCCCCGGGCACAUUCAUAGCCACACAGCACAGCUGCCCAGUGGGCACUUACGGCCCUCGGAAGGGUCUGAGGAGCAUCACUGAAUGCCAGCCAUGCCCUGCUGGGAAGUUCUGCGCACUGGCGGGACUCAUGGCUCCAUCAGGAGACUGUGCUGCAGGGCACUGGUGCAUGGGAGGAGCCACGAGCAAAGACCCCACCCACGGGGCACGGGGCCUCCUCUGUCCAGCUGGGCACUACUGCCUCCAGGGCGCUCCUGUCCCGGCCCGAUGCCCACCAGGUACUUGGUCUGAGGAAGGGAACAGAACCCCAGGAGGGUGUCAGGAUUGCUCCGGAGAGCGACUCUGCCCUCGCAGCCACCCUCCGAUCUGGCCAGCCUCCUGCCACCCAGGCAUGUCCUGCACUGGAGGAACUGUCCCCGUCACCCCCAUGGACGGACUUUCUGGGAGGUCAUGCUCCCAAGGGCACCUCUGCCCUGUAGGAUUGACUGAAGCUGCUCCGUGUCCUCCUGGCUUCUAUGCCUCUGGCACCCACCCCACAAAAUGUCACAUCUGUCCCAGCGGCCACUACUGUGCUCCCAGGCUGAGGCCACAGCUGUGUCCUAGAGGUUUCUACUGCCCUGAAGGAACAGAACUCAGCUGGCAGCCCUGCCCCGCGGGCACCUACGGCCCUGUGCCUGGCCUGAGCAGCCUGCAGGCUUGUCGAGCCUGUGACGGAGGCAGGUUUUGCCCCAGGGCCAACGCCACGGAGGCUGGCGGGCAGUGCUGGGAGGGCUUCUUCUGCUCCAGAGGGUCCACCCGGCCCAACCCAGAGGCCGGCACUGAAGAAAGGGCCGGCCCUUGUCCUCCGGGACACUACUGCCCUAGGGGCUCGGCCAUGCCCCAGCCCUGCCCACCUGGCACCUUCAGCCCACACAGCAAGCUCAGCUCAGAGGCUGCUUGCUCCCCUUGCCCACCUGGCUACUACUGCAGCUCUCCCGGCCUCGCCAGCCCUUCUGGGCCCUGCAGCCCAGGCUUCUUCUGCCUCACUGGGGCCCUCGUCCCCAAUGGCUCCCUGGGAGACCAAACCAGCGGCCCUUGCCCUGCAGGACACUUCUGCCCCCUGGGCACUGCAGCCCCCAGGCCCUGCCCAGCAGGCACCCACAAUGGCCAGGCUGCCCAGGACCAUUGUGAGCCUUGUCCUGAGGGCUUCUUCUGCCCGGCCAACACCUCCUCUGUGCUGGAGAACCAGUGUCCUGCCGGCCACUACUGUCCUGCCUCCACCGCUUUUGCUUCCCAGUUCCCCUGCCCCCGGGGCACCUACAGGCCACAGAGAGGGGGCACCCAGUGGUCAGACUGCAGCCCCUGUGAGCCAGGCUCCUACUGUCCCCUGCCUGGCCUGGCAGCCGCGUCUGGACCUUGCAGUGCAGGGUUCUACUGCACUCAGGGAGCAUCUGUCCCAAAUCCCAGCAAUGGGACCACAGGAGACCUCUGUCCUCUGGGCCACUUCUGCCCCCAGGGCAGCCCCAGGCCCACUCCGUGCCCCCCAGGCUUUCUCCUGCCCGUCCCUGGGGCCACGUCGUGGAAGGACUGCCAGCCAUGCCCAGCCGGUUGGCUCUGCUCCCGGGCUGGCCUGAGUUCCCCGGACACUCCGUGCGAAGGAGGUUGGUUCUGCCCCGGGUCCUCCGUCUCUGGGCACAGUCCAGGUAUUCUCUGCCCUGCUGGGCACUCGUGCCCCCCAGGCAGCCUGGAGCCCCAGCUUUGCCCCCCGGGGCAAUAUCAGGAUGAGCCUGGACAGAGUCUCUGCAAGACCUGCCCUGCUGGAAAGUUCUGUCCCUAUGGGAUCCAAGCUCCAGGAGCCAUAUCCCUUUGGCCAGUGGACUGUCCAGCUGGCUACUACUGCCCUUUGGGCACCCAGAGCCCCACCCAGCACCCUUGUCCCAGGGGCACCUUCAGGGAGAGGCCCGGCGCACGCAGCACUCAGGACUGCAGGCCCUGCCCUGCUGGACAGUUCUGCUCGGACUCAGGGGCUGGGAAACGUUACCCAGACGGGCCAUGCUCAGCAGGUUACUACUGUCCCCCUGGCCAGACCUCAGCCACCCCUUCAUCUUUCCGGUGCCCACCCGGCUUCUCCUGUCCAGAAGGUUCUCCCCAGCCUAAGGCCUGUGAGAAUGGAACAUUCCAGCCCCGGGAGGCCCAGGGGUCCUGUGAGCCCUGCCCAGCUGGGUUCUACUGCCAGGCCUCGGGCACAGGUCCUGCUGCCAGAGCCCCCAGACCAUGCAUCCAGGGUUACUUCUGCCCCCCCGGCUCCCACUCAGCCACUGCCCACCCAUGCCCUAGAGGGACCUUUGGGCCCAGGCAAGGGGCCACUGCAGAGCUGGACUGUGAGCUGUGCCCAGCAGGGAUGUUCUGCUCCUCGGAAGGACUGUCUCAGCCGUCAGGGCUCUGCCACCCCACUCACUACUGCUCAGGGGGUGCGGUGUCCCCCACUCCCAUCCAGCACAAGGUGGAGGCCCCCGGCCUCUCUGGGAAUGACAUCUGCCCCCCUGGCUUCUUCUGCCCCCGUGGAACAGGCUUCCCAGUCCCCUGCUCACCGGGGUUUUACUCCUCGGCCCCAGGCCUAGCCAGUGAGCAGCAGUGCCAGCCAUGCCCUCCAGGGCACUACUGCAGCCGCCCAGGGCUGUCCCACAUCCUGGAGGCAGGGGUCUGUGAUGCGGGGUACAUCUGCCUGGGGGGCAGUGUCGUCCCCUCUCCCUCUGACGGAGCCCAUGGAUACAGAUGCCCCCCCGGUUUCCGCUGCCCCGCAGGGGCCCACAGCAAGCUGCCCUGUGAGCCUGGCACCUUCAGCCCGUUGCCUGGCUCUGACACCUGCCUGCCCUGCCCGGGAGGUACCUACUGCCAGAAGGCUGCCACCGUGGAGCCCGUCACCUGCCCCAAGGGUCACUACUGCCCAGCAGGGACGCCCUCUCCUCAUCCCUGCCCAGAGGGGACCCUGAAUCCACGGGAAGGUGCUCUCUCCUCCAGGGCCUGCCAGCCCUGCCCUGCAGGGACAUACUGCCCUGGGGAAGGCAAUGGGCAGCCUGAGGGACCUUGCUCAGCUGGUUACUACUGCGAGGGGGGCGCCUCUAGCUCCACUCCCUGGAGAAACGCUGCCUUCCCCCUCAAUGGGCCUUGCCCUAGAGGCCACUACUGCCCACAGGGGACCCUGCAUCCUGUUCCCUGCCCUGAGGGGAGGACAAGGAGCAGCCCAGGUGGCGUUUCUGAGGAGAGUUGCAGGCCCUGCCCAGCUGGCUCCUUCUGCCCAAGCCUGGGCCUUGACUCUGCCCCUGGCUCCUGUGUGGCCAGCUCUGAAUGCCCCUUGGACGCCAGGGCCCCUAGUCCCACCACUCUGCUCUGCCCGCAGGGCCACUCCUGCCCACCCGGGGCUGCUCGGCCUGCCCUGUGCCGUCCUGGAGAGUACCAGCCCUCCCCGGGCUCAGAUGCCUGCCUCCAGUGUCCACCUGGCUUUUACUGCCCGCAUCCUGGAACCAGAGCGCCCCAGCUCUGCCCAGCCCACGCCUACUGCCCAGCCGGAACAUGGUCCCCACCUCCAUGUCCACCAGGGACCUUCACGCCCAAGGACAUGCCAGGCCUCCGGGAAGAGGGUGACUGCUCUGUCUGUCCCCCUGGUCACUACUGCAGAAAUGGACAGGUGAGGGGGAAGUGUCCUGCCGGUUAUUUCUGCCCACCUGGGACCUCUGCAGUGACAACACCAGGCCCCAGGGAGCCCCAGCACCCAUGUUCCCAGGGACAGCUGUGUGCCAAGCAGUGCCCACAAGGCUUUUACUGCCCGGAGGGCAGUGGAGAACCCGCCCCGUGCCCACCUCACACUGUGACAGUCGCCCCUGGAGCCAAGGAGCAAGAAGACUGUGGGCCUUGCCCUGCCGGGCAUUGGUGCAAAGCGGGGGCCUCGGCCAUCCAGCCCUGCCCAGCUGGCCACUACUGCCCCGGAGGCAGUAACACCCACCCAGGAGCCCCUCAGGCCUGCCCGGAGCACACCUACCUGGCAGUAGAAGGGGCCCAGAGUUUGGCAGAGUGCCUCCCCUGCCCAGCCAGCUACCACUGCCUCUCCCCAGGUCUCUCUUCCGUCAAAGACUACCCAUGUCCUCCAGGCCACUGGUGUCCAGGUGGUCAGGGUGCCCUUCUCUGCCCACCUGGAACGUUUCGGACAGAGCCAGGGGCAUCAUCCCGGGACGAUUGUGAACUCUGCCCCCCUGGCCACUACUGCCCAGAGGCUGAGCAGAGCGGCCGCGCAAAUGUGUUUGCAACCCCCUGCAGAGCUGGAACUGAGUGCCCUGCAGGUGCUGUGGCCGAGGUCACCUGCAGGGCUGGCUCCUACUGCGGGCCCCAGACUGGGGUCCCCCCGCUCUGCCCUGGGGGCUAUGCCUGCCCAGCUGGCUCCUCAACCUAUGCUGGCCCAGGUCAGCUCUGCAUGUUUCCCCUCUACUGCCCCCCCGGCAGUGUCCAUCCACGUGCGUGCCCAGGGGGCUCUGAGGCCCUGAAUGGAAGUGGCCUCAGAGUCUCCCAGGAGACUUGCUGCCGGCUCUGUGAAGCGGGCACCUACCACAGCUGGGCCCUGGACGUACUGCCCUGCCAGCCCUGUCCCGCCGGAUUCAGUUGCCACCAGGGGACAGAGAACUACUACAGCCAGCCCUGCCCAUUGGGGCACUACUGUCCUGCCGGGACCCCCAGCCCCAGGCCCUGCCCACCUGGAACCUUCCAGAAUAGCAGCCAGGCGGGCAGAGUGGGAGAGUGCCUGCCCUGCCCCGCAGGCACCUUCAGCGCCCAGCCAGGCCAGGCAGGCUGCCUGCCCUGCGGGAGUUCUGCCUUCUCUCCACCAGGUGCCUCCCACUGCAUGUGUCGGGGCCUGAACAGGGUCUUUCAGAAGUCGGACAGCUCCUGCAUCUGCCAGGCAGGACACAAGUCCUACGAUGAUGAAGAGAGCAGCAGUGAGGAGGACUGUCAGCCCCAGGUCGUGGAGCGCUGUCUGCCUGGGGAAGUCCUCUUGGCUGCCACCCGCACCUGUGUGUCCCCCCGGCAGCACAACUGCUCUUCCUUCUGUCACCCGGCGGGAGGCCAGCUCAGCGCGAGGCUGGGCAUCUGCCAGUGCCAGGAGUACGUCUCCGCAGAGGAGCUCUGUGAUGCCCAGUGUCUGGCCAGGGUCGCCCAACUCUCCCUGGCCUCGGGGCCCAACAGGAAUCUGAUCCUCAGCAUGAAGGACGAGGCUGCAGGCAGCAUCCAGAGGGAGGUAACACGCACACUGGGCCCAGACCCGUCCUUCCAGGGCAGUGCCAGGGUCCAUCUCAUCCUGUGCAGCCCCCACGGCCUCCUUGGCUUGCUCAUCUCCAGCGGGGACACACUUGAUGCCUUCCUCCUCGGUCCACCUGUAUCCAGCCCAAGGCGGCAGAGGCAACCUUGGACCCCAGGCCCAGGGCACCGUGCCCCCCAGGAUCCCAGCAUCCACCCCCACAUUCCAAACCCAGUGGUCUGCCUGGCAGCAGGGGAUGUGAUUCUUUUCCAGCUUCACAUUCUUCCCCACAAUCGCUCAGCCAGUCACUACCCUAUAUACCAGACACAGCACCUGUUCAACAGCAACCCCCACUGGGACUUCGGGGCCUUCAGGCAGCUCGAACGCCUGGUGCAGGAGACCCGCCUCAGCUUCUCCAGGUUUGCUCACCAGUUUGUAGAUCCAGGCACGUACGUGUUUCACGACAACGGGCUGCCCGAGAGCCUAGCCGUGGUGCUGGUGAAGGAGCAAGGGGUGGCCUGCGACCCGGGCCUGCCCCCUGUGCAGCCCUCCUCACCCUAUCACCUUGCAAGGCAUGGUGUCCUCAGGCACCAGCCGCCAAAUCUGGGCCCAGACUGGGCGGCAAUCUCAGGGGUGCUGCUGACUGUUGGCUUGGCAAUCACGCUGCUGACCAGCCUGGGCUUUGUGCUGAGACCCUCCUCCAUGGCCCAGGCCUGCCCUCUGAGGGCUCAGGGGCCUCGGUGGAGGGGCCUUGGGGAGCUUCUCAUGCCCACAGAGCCUGUGCCCCUUGAGGACCGCUUUCCAUUCUCUGAGGACCUUGGUCCCUGGGGCUCCGAGAAAGGAGCUGAUUCCUGGAGGAAAGCCACUGCCUGGGGCCCAGGGAAGCCGCUUGCAGCCCACACCCUGGAGGACUUCAGCGUCCGCACACUCUACGACAAGCUGGAGGACCAGAGCCUGCAUGUGGCGGCCCAGCUGAGCAGGCACAGGAGCGACGCACUGGCCUUCUACAGGGGCGCCAGCCUGCAGCUGCAGGGGCUCCAGGACCUCCUGCAGGGCCUCAGUGCAACAGAGCGGCCAGGGCUGGGCAAGGCUGGAGACCCAGAGACAGGGGGCAGGGCUGCUGCCAGGACAUGCACGGGACAGAGCGCAGCCUCGUGGAGCAGCCGCAACACAGCGUCUCCUGGGGAGCCCGAGCAGCAUCCACCAGGCUGCACCCCCAGUGUGUCCCCCCCAGGCUGUCAUGUGGAGCUGGACCGAGCCAUCGCGGCCCUGGCAGCCGCACUUUCUCAGGCGUGUGGGCCACCAACUGGGGCCCUGAGAAAGGCCUCUGGUUGGGUUGGUGAACAGCCUGUCUCCACCUGUCAACAAGAUGCUCAGUUGGUGAAUGACAUGCUCCCAGAGCCCCAGCCUCUGCCCUCCCCUGAGGAGCACCAAAGCCCAAGCCCCCAGAGGCAGCCAAGAGCUGGAUGGCACCCGCGGGAUGACGUCAAAGGAGGAGGCCCUGUGAGCCCUGCCCCCGCGCACAGCCAGGGAGCCCUUCCUGAGCUGCAGAGGAAGAUACAGCAGUUGGAAGACAAUUUGGAUGAGCUGAAUGAGGAAUUCUUCCAGCUCACUGCUCAAGCCUUAACGCUCCAGAAAAAAGAGGACAGAAGAGGCCAACUGCCACCUAGCAAAGGCAAUCUGUGUGUGAAAAGAGAAGUUUACUCAGUGGAGCUCAGUGGAUACAAAGACAUUGAGAAAACAGACAAGGAGGAUGGCAAGGAGAAGUCCAGGGGCCUGAAAAACAACUGCUUGGAACGCAAAAAGAACCACCAGAAAGAGGAGCUUAAGAAAGAACUUGAUCUGGAUGACCACAAACUCAGCAAAGAGGAACUGGAGAGAAAAUAUGGUACAAACAUCAUUACGGGUCUUUCCAGUGCCCGGGCUGCUGAACUGCUGGCUCAGCAUGGGCCCAACAGCCUCACGCCCCCCAAGGAAACCCCAGAGAUCAUCAAGUUCCUCAAGCAGAUGGUGGGGGGCUUCUCCAUCCUCCUGUGGAUAGGAGCCGUCCUGUGCUGGAUCGCGUAUGGGAUUCAGUAUUCCCAUGAUCAGUCCUCCUCCCUGGACAACGUGUACUUGGGCUCUGUGCUUGCCCUGGUCGUCAUUCUAACCGGGGUCUUUGCUUAUUACCAAGAGGCGAAGAGCACCAACAUCAUGUCCAGUUUCCAAAAGAUGAUCCCGCAGGCAAGUCAAGCGCUUGUCAUUCGAGACUCAGAGAAGAAGACAAUUCCUGCUGACCAGCUGGUGGUGGGAGACAUAGUGGAGAUUAAAGGUGGAGACCAGGUCCCUGCGGAUGUCAGGUUACUGUCCACUCAGGGGUGUAAGGUCAACAACUCAUCUGUCACUGGGGAGUCAGAGCCCCAGGCCCGCUCCUGUGAGUUCACACAUGAAAGUCCCCUGGAGACCAAGAACAUCGCCUUCUUCUCCACAACCUGUCUGGAAGGCACAGCGACUGCCAUGGUCAUCAACACGGGUGACCGCACCAUCAUUGGGCAGAUUGCCUCACUGGCUUCAAGAGUCGAGGACUCGAAGACACCCAUUGCCAUCGAGAUCGAGCACUUUGUUCAUAUCGUGGCGGGAGUGGCGGUCUCCAUCGGCAUCAUUUUCUUCAUCAUCGCAGUGUCCAUGAAGUAUUAUGUCCUGGACUCCAUCAUCUUCCUCAUUGGCAUCAUUGUGGCCAAUGUGCCUGAGGGUCUCCUGGCCACUGUCACUGUGACUCUGUCACUGACAGCAAAACGAAUGGCCAAGAAGAACUGCCUUGUGAAGAACCUGGAGGCAGUGGAGACCCUUGGCUCUACCUCCAUCAUCUGCUCAGACAAGACCGGGACCCUGACCCAGAAUAGGAUGACGGUGGCCCAUCUGUGGUUCGACCACCAGAUCUUCGUGGCGGACACAAGUGAAAACCAUUCGAAUCAAGUCUUUGAUCAAAGCUCUGCGACCUGGGCCUCCCUGUCAAAGAUCAUAACGCUGUGUAACCGCGCUGAGUUCAGACCUGGACAGGAGAGCGUCCCUAUCAUGAAGAAAAUUGUGGUUGGAGAUGCCUCAGAAACUGCUCUUUUGAAGUUCUCAGAGGUCAUGCUGGGUAACGUGAUGGAUAUUAGAAAAAGAAACCGCAAAGUAGCUGAAAUCCCUUUUAACUCGACCAACAAAUUUCAGCUCUCCAUCCACGAGACCGAGGACCCAGAUGACAAGCGCUUCCUCAUGGUGAUGAAAGGGGCCCCCGAACGGAUCUUGGAGAAGUGCAGCACCAUCAUGGUCAACGGGCAGGAGCAGCCCCUGGACAGGAGCACGGCCGAGGCCUUCCACACAGCCUACAUGGAGCUGGGCGGCAUAGGGGAGCGCGUGCUGGGUUUCUGUCACCUCUACCUGCCGACAGACGAGUUUCCAGAAACGUAUUCAUUUGAUGUAGAAACAAUGAACUUCCCUACUUCCAACUUCUGCUUUGUGGGCCUCUUGUCAAUGAUUGACCCGCCUCGGUCCACAGUACCUGAUGCUGUCACCAAGUGCCGGAGCGCAGGGAUCAAGGUUAUCAUGGUUACAGGCGAUCAUCCAAUCACAGCCAAAGCUAUUGCCAAGAGCGUCGGUAUCAUUUCCGCCAACAGUGAGACAGUGGAAGACAUUGCCAAACGCCUCAACCUUCCUGUGGAGCAAGUUAACAAGCAGGAUGCUAAGGCUGCUGUGGUGACCGGCAUGGAGCUGAAGGACAUGAGCCCGGAACAGCUAGAUGAGAUCUUAGCCAACCACUCGGAGAUCGUCUUUGCCCGGACGUCCCCCCAGCAGAAGCUAAUCAUUGUGGAGGGCUGUCAGAGGCAGGAUGCUGUGGUUGCUGUGACCGGGGAUGGAGUUAAUGACUCCCCAGCUCUGAAGAAGGCAGACAUCGGGAUCGCCAUGGGAAUAGCAGGUUCUGAUGCAGCCAGAAAUGCAGCUGACAUGGUCUUGUUGGACGACAACUUCGCGUCCAUCGUCACAGGGGUGGAGGAAGGUCGCCUGAUCUUUGACAACCUAAAGAAGACAAUCGCGUACACGCUGACCAAGAACAUCGCUGAGCUGUGCCCCUUUCUCAUCUACAUCAUUGCUGGGCUUCCCCUGCCCAUUGGCACCAUUACUAUCUUGUUCAUCGACUUGGGCACAGACAUAAUUCCCUCCAUUGCCCUGGCUUACGAGAAAGCCGAAAGUGACAUUAUGAACAGGAAGCCUCGCCACAAGAAGAAGGACAGGCUGGUGAAUGCGCCACUUGCCCUGUACUCCUACCUGCACAUCGGCCUCAUGCAGGCCCUGGGGGCCUUCGUUACGUAUUUCACCGUGUACGCGCAGCACGGCUUUCUACCCAGCACUAUCCUCAACCUGCGGGUGGAGUGGGAGAACGACAAUGUGAAUGACCUGGAAGAUAGCUACGGACAGGAAUGGACAAGGUACCAGAGGAAAUACCUAGAAUGGACGGGCUACACCGCAUUCUUUGUUAGCAUCAUGAUUCAGCAAAUAGCAGAUCUGAUCAUCAGGAAAACCCGGAGGAAUUCCAUCUUCCAGCAAGGUCUCUUCAGAAAUAAAGUCGUCUGGGUGGGGAUUGCCUCACAGAUUAUCAUCGCACUAAUCCUCUCCUAUGGCCUCGGAAGCAUCCAGGCCCUGAAUUUUACAAUGAUCCGGCCUCAGUACUGGUUUGUGGCUGUGCCACACGCAGUUCUGAUUUGGGUGUAUGAUGAGGUGCGGAAGCUUUUCAUCAGACUCUUCCCUGGAAGCUGGUGGGAUAAGAACAUGUAUUAUUAA